GUCAAAACGACUGACGUGUAUUAUUUCUAUCAGAAUUUCCACUUUUUGAAAACGUUUGCAAAAUUGAGAAUUGCUGAUUAGUUAAUUUAUCAACACAGCGAUUCGUCAGGCAUUUUAUCGUUUUACGUCCACGUAGCGAACAUAUACAGGUGUAAAAUGUUGAAGUUAGUAUUUUUGGCUGCUUUUCUGCAGUGUAGCAUAGGACAGCAAUACCAACAAAAAGUAGCUCCAGGGGUGCCCCCACAGAAUUAUCAGGAAGGCAACAACCCACAGAACUAUCAGCCACCCCCUCCUCCGCCCCAACAUAUGCAACAGCAACAACCCCCCCAACAACAGUAUCAACCGCCUCCCCCACAACAACAACAAUAUCAACCGCCCCCUCAACAACAGUAUCAACAACAGGUGCCCGUGCAACAACAGCCGCCCCAACAACACGGACACGGACAUCAUGGAGAUCCCCAACUCCUGAGUCCUGCCAACAUGGACCACGAAAAAGAACACAUCCAAGAGCACAUGGAGGUCCCGAUAGACGUCUCCAAGAUGUCGCAACAGGAGCUUCAGUUCCAUUACUUCAAGAUGCACGAUGCUGAUAACAACAACAAGUUAGAUGGCUGUGAGCUGAUCAAGUCGCUCAUACAUUGGCAUGCAGAACAAGGUCACAAGCAGCAACCCCAACAGGGUACUCCGCCUGUUGGGGAGAAAAUCUUCACCGACGAGGAAUUAGUGAACCUCAUCGACCCCAUACUGAACAUGGAUGACCACAAUAAGGAUGGGUACAUCGACUACCCAGAGUUCGUCAGAGCGCAGCAGAAGAGCCAACAGCAAGAACAAGGAAAGUAGAUAGUGUUUUAAUUUUAUCGUUUUAUGUAGAAAAUUUACAUUUGGAUGAAUUUGUUACUAAUACUAAUAUUAAAAGUUUUAUAGUAAACGUUGAACUUAUUCAAGUAAGGCUCUUGACAGACCGACCGCAUUUCAACUGCAAUCCAACCGCAAAUUGCAGUUCGGGUGCAGUUUGAAUGCAGUUGACACGACUGCAAUAGAACUGCAAACCGACUGUGCAGCACGACUGCACGCCGACUGCAAUUGAACCGCAAUCGGACUGCCCGUUUGGUUUGCAGUUCUAUUGCAGUCGUGUCAACUGCAUCGGAACUGCAAUUUGGCAGUCGGAUUGCUGUUGAAAUGCGGUCUGUCUGCCUAGAGCCUUAUUCCCUUAUUCCACUCUCAAUAAAGUCUCGCAUGCUCGCCGGUUUAGACUAUUCUUGACUUGGCCUUUCUUUAAAACAUCCUGAAUCUGCUUGUGAAGAAUAGAUAGCAGUACACGCGGCUCGGUUGCCGUGCCGCGGGGACUGAAGUAUAGACGCAAAUUUAUCCAAAUAAAAUUUUCUAAAGUUAAAACAAGCGACUCGAAUUAUUUAUAAGCCAACCACUUACCUAAUACUUUGUCUGAUUGAUGUUAAAAAUGUUAAUUAUACAAAUUAUAACUAUCUGUCAGAAGGUACCUAAUAUAUCUUUACAAUUCAACAUGUAUUCAAUCAGUGUUUAUUAUAAAACUAUCUUGUUACUGGUGCUGCUUCGCGUACACACAAUCUAAUUUUAUUUUAAGUUAAACCUGUCAUUUUCUUAUCCACCGAAAAGGAAAGGGACGGGUAAUCGAGGCGUAAAAUUUAUGGAACACACGUCAAUUUUAGGAUAACUUUUUAAUAAAAAUACCCUUUGUUUAUUAUCUGACUUUAAAAAACUAACCAAGUAAGAUUAUACAAAGUUUUCCUUAUAUCUAGUAAGUUCCUAAUUAUAGAUUUCAGACGUCUUAUAGGAUAACUUAAAAUAAUCUUAAACAAUCCUUUUACAUUGACAGAAUUAAGUUGACAGCCUUCAAACGGGUUGCAUUUGAUUCGUCCGGGUUACUGUUUCAUUCGUUCAUUUUAAAAUUAACACCUGUCGUUCAUCCGUCCCUUUCCUUUUCGGCCGAUACGAAAAAGACAGGUAUAACUAAAAAAAUAGAAGGUGUCUGCAGGACUCAGGGCCUAUAUUGACCUUUUUGUAUUGUUGUGAAACUAUUUGAAAACUGUUAUUGAAAUGUAGUUUAGAUCUGAUAUAUCUCUGUACGAAAUCAAGAUUAUAUUAUUAUACCAGAGGCGACGAAUAGUAUAAGGCGCCUCCGGUAAGAGGCGACCAUGAUUAUGUCAGCUAGCGAAGUCUGGUGACGUUGACAGAAAUCACCUGGGGGGUUGAAGUGGCCAGUGGGAUAACUAUGGUCGCCUCUAACCGGAGGCGCCUUAUACUAUUCGUCGCCUCUGGUAUAUAAUCUUGAUUUUUACCGAGAUAUAAAAAUCAAUCUGGGGGGCUAAAAUGGCCACAUCGAAGCAAUUCAUCUAAGAAAGCAAUAUUGCAAUUUGACAUUUGGUGACAUUUGCACUUAUAAAAAUAAGUGCGCAAUGCAAACAAAUGUCAAAUAGCAAUAUUGCUUUCUUAGAUGAAUUGCUUCGACGUGGUCAUCUUAGCCCGCCUGAUAUAUCUCGGUAAAAAUCAAGAUUAUAUACCAGAGUCGACGAAUAGUAUAAGGCGCCUCCGGUUAGAGGCGACCAUAAUUAUGUCAUAGACUAAAGCUACCGAAGUCUGGCGACGUUGAUAGCAAUCACCUGACGUGUCCGCGCAUAUUUGAUAUAUGUCGCUCGACAAAUGUCGCCUAGUCGAGACAAGACUUUACAAUACACUGAAUAUAAUAAAGAUUAAACAAUAAAUAUUAUUUUUUGCCGACAAAAUCAUAGACUAUGGUAAAUAUUCGAACACCGGUAGCCAAGACCAUUACCGUUAACGCAAAAAUUUGCUUAGAAUCUUUGGACUUUUUGCGAAUAUCCAGUUAGAAUUUACGUAAGUUGUCGACAUGCAUAUAUUCUUCUGUCGUGUGGGUUGUGUGAGGUGAUUACCAACCUCAGCAACCCUGGUGUCAGGGUUAUUAUUGAGCCGUCAAAGGCAAUGUAACGAUUACUCACUUACACCAGUAAGUAGUAACCGGGACCAACGGCUUAACGUGCCUUCCGAAGCACGGAUCAUCUUACUUUCGGACAAUCAAGUGAUCAGCUUGUAAUGUACUAAUCAAACUAAGGAUCACAAAGUGAUUUUUGUGAUAUGUCCCCAUCGGGAUUCGAACCCGGGACCUCCGGAUCGUGAGCCCUACGCAUAUGUUCGAACUGGAUAUUUGCUUAAAGACAAAAGAUUCUAAGAUAUGUUUACGCUCACGGUAUUAAUGAUGUUGACGCCUGAAGUUCGAAUAAACUACCUAUUAUCACAGCAUUCCUAACACUGUCGCAUUAUUGAGAUUUAAAAAAAAGACUAUUGACAAUGUAUUUUUUUAAAUAAACUUAUUUCCUACUUGUAAGGUUUUAUACUUCAUUUUUUUAUUCUUAUUUCGAAAGAGGUGAUAAUAGUUAAGAAAUAAGGUAUGUUGUUGCAUUCUGCUCAAAAAGUACUUAAAGCUGUUCCCUUUGCUGUUUUUAAGAUUUUUUGUCAACACAUAGCAUCUGUAUUCCCGGGGAAGUAGGCAGAGGUGAGAGUUGUUUGAGGGAUGACUUUGAGGGAUGAUCGUGCCAUGAUUCUGAGUUAAUAUCAAGUGGAAUUAAUUAUCCGUCGCCAAAUUCAUGGUCUUUUAAAUUGUUUUCAAUUCUUUUACUUUUGGAAAAUUCCACUUGAUAUCAACUCAGAAUCAUGGUCUGAAUCAUCCCUCAAAUGGGUGAAUCUCAAAAUUUCAAGUUUGGUGGCGAAAUUUCAUAUUAUUUUUUCGUGAAAAAUUGGGUUCCGACAUGAAAAAGAUCCAAAGGGUCCUCGGUUCCGACAUGAAAAAGGAAUUUUUCAAUUCCCAAUUUCCCCACUUUUUCACGAAAAAAUUAUAUGACAGUCCGCCACCAAACUUGGCACAUUUUGAUAUUCACCCAAAUACACCUACUCCUCAGUAGCUAUGUUUACGUCUCAUGAUUGUGUCCCAUGAGCCUAUUGCCAUUAACUGCGGGCUUGUUUCUCGCCGCGAUAGAAAUCAUCUGUCUCUUUCUGUGCAGUACUGUGAGAGAGUGACGGGUGACGUAUGUCGAGGCGAGAAAGAGUCGCGCGCUUACGGUGCUAAACCCGCUGAUGUCAAUUAUCUAUGAUCUAAAAAAAAUAUAUAAAAUUGACAAAUGUUUAUAAUGUGACUAAUUACCACCAUGGACAUGCUGUUGAGACAAUUUAUAAUGUUUGACACCUCAGUGUAUGUACCUACACAGCUUCUCAAUAAAUGUUUCUUAAACGUGAAUUUAAACUCAAAAGUCGAAUUCAGUGGUAUGACCCCAUCCCGGGAUUCGAUCCCGUGACACUUCUUGUAGUCAUUUAGUAUCAGAGAUUAUAAAAAAGACAUAAUUUUCAACUCAGUUGGUAACUAUUAUCACCUUUUCUGAAAAUGUCUUAACUUAAAAACAAUUGAAAAUCGAAUUUUCUACGAAUAAAAAAAAAGAAAAUAGUUUUACUGUCUGCUCUAUUGGUUGUAUACAAUGGAAAAAAAAUAAAAAGAAGAAAAAGAGACGCUC